GUGGUACAGCAAAGCCGACCCGCUGUGUCUUUCUUGAUAUAAUCACUCAAACUGAGCUUUUCCUCAGAUAUACACAAAGGCGGCGGCGAUUCCUCCGUGUUUUGUUUUCAGUUGGUUUCAGUAUACAAGGAUCAAUGGUCAACAUGGUCUUCAUCGUCAUCAUGAUAGAGAUCAUAUUUUACUGGAAUAUUGAUUAUCCGAGUGAGCGGAAUAAAAUCUAGUCCUUAGCAUCGCACUAAAAGCUGCAACCUUUCCACUGGUUAUCAAUGGGUUUUUACUCACCUCACUUUUAAAAAAAUAACCAGAUUAGAUCAGCCUUUUGAAUCAACAUGCUCUGUUGUGGUCAUUUGUUAUUUAGUUAUUGUUCACGACGCACAUAUUUAAACAUCGAUGAUAAUAUUAUGUCAUUAGGUACGGUUACGGAGUUCUAAGAUUAAUUCUACCAGUUAAACUAGUUCUGUUACAAAGAAAGUUUCCUACCGAUUUCUGCAGUGCCAAAUCGUGAAUUGGGUAGUGAAUUUGCCGGAAAAUGUAUACAAAAGUGUUGCUAGGUAUUUCUUUUGCAAUGAUUUUGUUAUUCAAGGAUGUCACAGGUAUCUUCAUACCAAAUCUAAACGACACAUGUUUGAGAUGCCUAUGCCAUGUGGCGGGCUGCGACUUGUCCCACCGCUGUACCGACGGAUACUGCGGGCCUUUCUACAUAUCCCGGAUAUACUGGGUGGACGCUGGUAAACCUACGUUGGUUAACGACACCCCUGACAGAAAGGAAGCAUAUGAAGACUGUGCCAGAGAUUACGAUUGCUCGAAACACAUUGUGGUGGGUUACAUGGCUAAGUUUGGAAAGGACUGCAACGACGACGGUGUGACGGACUGCUUCGACUACGUGAUGAUCAACCACAACGGCGGCUGGGGCUGCUCCGCGCCGCUCAACUCCACCAGCGAGGGACGGAGGAGACUCGAGUUGUUCCAGCAGUGUCGAUUACAAUAAUCUUGCUAAUAACACUAAUUUAUAAAGGCAUAAUUUUGUGUGUAUCUGCGUAUGUUUGUUACUCUUUCACGCAAAAACUACUGGACGGAUUUGGCUGUUUAGAAUGGAGAU